UCCUUUGUUUUCUCCGCAACCACAUCAACCUCCUCAACACUAACAGUCCAUGCCAGUCGCGUGCGUGACAAACUCUAGAACUACUUCAACAUGGGAUCUAAGACCCCCGAGGGAUAUCGGCAGGAACCCGAUGCCCCCAACUCCUCCGACUUCAAGCCCGCCAACCCUCAAGUCAAGGCCUCUCGAAAUGGCUCCGGCUCUGCGGACUUGGAUCGAGGGAUCAUCAGCGACGAUGAUGACGACGACGACAAUUCGAAGGAAGAAAAUGGGGUGAACGGAGCCUCGACUGCUGACAAGAAACAAAAGAAACGCAAGAGAUCCAAGAAGAAGAAGAAGACCACCCCCACCGCGCAGACCACCCCACCGCGGGUGCCGCUCUCCACCCUCUUCCCGUCCGGCCAGUACCCGCGCGGAGAACUCGUCCCCUACGCCGAGGACGAGAACACCGCCCGCACGACCGACGAAGAACUGCGCUACAACUCUCGCCUCUGGGAUGACGACUUCCUGCCCGAUUACCGCAAGGCGGCCGAGGUCCACCGCCAGGUCCGGCAGUAUGCCCAGCGGGAACUGAUCAAGCCGGGCGCCAGCCUCACCGCCAUCGCCGAAGGGAUCGAGGACGGCGUGCGCGCGCUCACCGGCCACCAGGGCCUGGAACCCGGCGACGCUUUUCAUGCGGGCAUGGGGUUUCCGACCGGCCUCUGUCUGAACAAUGUGGCGGCGCACUGGACGCCGAACCCUGGCGCCAAGGAUGUCAUUCUGGAUAAGAACGACGUUCUCAAGGUGGACUUCGGGGUCCAUGUGAAUGGGCGCAUUGUCGACUCCGCGUUCACGGUCGCGUUCGAGGACAAGUACGAUAACCUUCUUACUGCGGUCAGGGAGGCGACCAAUACCGGUAUCAAGCAUGCCGGUAUUGAUGCGAGAAUGGGCGAAAUCGGCGCAGCCAUCCAGGAGGUGAUGGAAAGCUACGAGGUCGAAAUCGAUGGGAAGACCCGCCCCGUCAAGGCCAUCCGAAACAUUACCGGGCAUGACAUUCUGCGCUAUCAGAUUCAUGGCGGGAAGCAAGUCCCGUUCAUCAAGAGCAACAAUCGCGACAAGAUGGAGGAAGGAGAGGUGUUCGCCAUCGAGACGUUUGGAAGCACCGGCAAGGGGUAUCUAGAGGAUGAUGUGGGCCUCUACGGCUACGGUAGAAACACCGACGUGUCCGGUGCCAACCUGCGUCUCGCAUCUGCGAAGUCGCUGCUGAAGACCAUCGAUUCGAAUUUUGGGUCGAUUGUUUUCUGUCGUCGGUAUCUGGAGAGACUCGGGGUGUCCCAUUAUCAUCUCGGGAUGAAAAACCUGAUCGAUAACGGUAUUGUCGAGUCUUAUGCGCCGCUUGUCGACGUGAAGGGCUCCUACACCGCCCAGUUCGAACAUACCAUUCUCCUCCACAGCGGCGGCAAGGAAGUUAUCAGUCGUGGUGACGAUUACUAGGUUAGCUAGUCGGCCGUUUGACAUCUAUAGACGAUGUCGCUGGCGUUCUGCUUUGCCUGUUUAUUUUUGACUAAGUAAUGCUUCGCUGAACCCUUCGAUGACCUCGGAUUGAACAUCCGUUCAGGUACUUGUUCGUUCGAUUUCUGAUUGCUGCAUCUUUUGUUGCCUUGGGUGCGCUGCCACGUAGCAAGGCAUCCUAGUCCAGUCAUUACCUCCAUUUGAAUAUGAACCACCGGUUUACUGAUCGAGCUUCACUCUCCGCCGCACUGUGACGAUAGACGUAGUAUAGGACACAACUCCUACUAGAUAGCCCCUAUGAUACUGUUAUCUCUCAAGCGGUUAUAUGAUCAUGCGAAUGAGGACCAGGAGAGC